ACACUUUGUAUGAAGGAGGGAUUGUUUGCACACAGAUGUCACUGAACCUUUGGGGGAAAAGUAGACAUAUUCAUUAAAUGCAAGGGCAGGUCUCACACAUAAGGAAAACGUGAAGAGUUUGAUUGAACAUCAGGUAAAAGUCAGAAUAAUGAAGGUCUUGCUUUUGGCUCUGGUUUUUAUGCUUGUGGUGACUAGUGGUUCUGCACUGGAGUGCCAUCACUGUACUCCCAGGAAGGCAGGUGAAGCCUGUGAAAUCACUGCAGUAAGGUGUGAACCAGAGAAAGAUGCGUGUGCUGCAGCCAAGUUCAAUAGAGCUCCAUACGGGCACUUCCAGAAAUGCAUGAGAAUGUCUGAUUGUGAGGAUCUGAAGAUGAAUGCCUACAUCCAAGUCAAAUGUUGCCAGACAGACCUUUGCAAUACCUUCUGAGCGCUUCAUCUCAUCUCUCUGCACAAAACAGACAGCUAUGAAUUUACUAUGCAAUGAAUAAAGACAUUCUGGCAAAAAUA